AUGAGGACAGUUAGAGGUAACUCAGAACACUUCCCAGUCAUGAUAGGUCAGCUUCAUGGAUUCGCUCUUAGCGCGUUUUUGUUUACUUGGGCGAUGGACGCACUGAUGCGUCACAUUCAAGGAGAGGUACCAUGGUGCAUGUUAUUUGUAGUUGAUAUUGUACUAAUUGAUGAGACGCUAAGCGGUGUUAACGCGAGGCUAGAGGUUUGGAGACAGACAUUGGAGUCGAAAGGUUUCAGGUUGAGCAUGACUAAGACAGAGUACUUGGGGUGCAAGUUCACUGACAUAAUACAUGUAACAGAUGAUGACGUGCGGCUUGAUACUCUAGUCAUCCCUAAGAGAGAAAGUUUCAAUUACCUAUGGUCGAUCAUCCAAGUUAAUAGUGAGAUUGAUGAUGAUGUCACACAUCGUAUUGGAGUGGGAUGA